AUGGAACUUUUCGUGCCGAUAACUCCAAGGAAAAUUCUUGGCUGGCUUUCUGCAUGUCAACUUCUGCUAAUUUCCGCUUGUCUCGGCUGUUCUGCUUAUUUGGUGGCUGCUGAAGUUCUGCCGCCGUUUUCCAUUACUUCUAUUGUGCUCACUUGCGUUGCCUUUUGCUGUGCCUUGAUCGGAAUCAUCGCUACUUCUCUGGACCAUCCGCAGCUCUACUUCGCUUACAAAAUCCUCUCAAUCCUCAUCACCAUCUUCAACAUGCUUGUGCUCGCCUAUUUCACCUACGUUGCCAUCGACCACUCGCUCAACAAUCUCUCCAAGCCCCUGCAAAUGCGUUGGAAUUCGCAAAAUGAAGAAUUCAACCCGAUGGUCGGAGUUGUCGCCGCCGCUUUUGCUUCAGAAAUGAGCUUGUUCAUUUGCUCCUCGUUUUAUACAAGCCAGGCGAGAAGAAACGCACUGUAUAGAAUUCAAAACGAAGAAAUCGACGCUCUUCUACAAGAGCACGAUGACUUCGACGACAACCACUCGCAAUCGAGCUACCACAUUCAAGUUCGCAGUCAAAAUCAGUUCCUCAACAACUCCCGUCUUGAAGACAGUAUCGCUUCUUCCCACUAA